AGAUAGAUAGAUAGAUAGAUAGAUAGAUAGAUAGAUAGAUAGAUAGAUAGAUAGAUAGAUAGAUAGAUAGAUAGAUAGAUAAUGCUUUACAUUUUCUACUGGCAUAACUCCUGUUUCCUCUUCCCUCCAGGAGACCACCACAUCGUCCAGCUACAGCUCAAAUCAAAGGAGACCGGCAUGACUUUCGCCAGCACCAGCUUCGUCUUCUACAACUGCAGCGUCCACAACUCAUGCCUGUCCUGCGUUGAAAGCCCGUACAGAUGUCAUUGGUGUAAAUACCGCCACGUCUGCACCCACGAACCACAGACCUGCCACUUCGUAGAAGGACGAGUCAAACUUCCCGAGGACUGUCCUCAAUUGCUGCAGAUCAAUAAGAUCUUGGUGCCUGUGGAAGUCAUCAAGCCCAUCACCCUGAAGGCCAAGAACCUGCCGCAGCCACAGUCGGGUCAGCGGGGCUACGAGUGCAUUCUCAGCAUCCAGGGCAACGAGCAGAGGGUGCCGGCCUUGAGGUUCAACAGCUCCAGCGUCCAGUGCCAGAACACGUCGUAUUCUUACGACGGGAUGGAGAUUAACAGCCUGCCGGUGGAGCUGACGGUCGUGUGGAAUGGGAAUUUCAACAUCGACAACCCUGCGCAGAACAAAGUUCACCUAUACAAAUGCGGAGCUAUGCGAGAGAGUUGCGGCCUGUGCUUGAAGGCGGAUCCGGAUUACGAGUGCGGCUGGUGUGAGGGCCAGAACCAGUGUACGCUGAAGCACCACUGCCCGAUCCUAGAGAACCGGUGGUUGGAACUGUCCGGAACUGGGGGGAAGUGCACCAACCCAAAGAUAACCGGAAUCAGCCCAGUGAGAGGACCUCGAGAAGGAGGGACCAGGGUCACCAUCCGAGGAGAAAACCUAGGCCUCGAGUUCCGGGACAUCGCGUCACAUGUCAAAGUUGCCGGCGUAGAAUGUGUCCCCCUGGUGGACGGAUAUAUACCAGCAGAGCAGAUAGUGUGCGAGAUGGGAGAGGCCAAGCUUAGCCAGCAUGCCGGAUACGUGGACAUCUGCAUAGCUGAAUGCAAGCCAGAAUUCACAGCCAGAUCCCCCCAACUGUAUUAUUUUACGACUCUGACCCUUUCCGACCUCCAUCCCAAGCGAGGACCGGUAUCCGGCGGUACACAGAUCACAAUCACGGGCAAAAACCUGCAAGCCGGCAGCAACGUCUCCGUGUGGCUGGGAGGGCAGCCCUGCCUUUCCCCCAGGAGGACGGUUGACUUCAUCAUCUGCAACACCACGGCCUCCAGCGGUGGCUUGUCCAAAGUGGAAGUCAUGGUGAAAGUGGACAAGGCAAGAAUACGCAAGGAGCUGGCGAAGGUGCCGAAGGAGCUGGAGUUUGAAUACAUGGAAGAUCCAACUAUCGUGAGAAUAGACCCGGAAUGGAGCAUCGUCAGUGGAAAUACUCCUAUCAACGUUUGGGGCACGAACCUGGACCUAAUCCAGAACCCUCAGAUCCGGGCCAAGUACGGGGCCAAAGAACACAUCAAUGUGUGUGAAGUGCAGAACGAAACGGAAAUGAUCUGCCAAGCGCCAGCCCUGGCGGUCGACCCGAAUAAUCAGUCCGACCUCACGGAGAGACCUGACGAGUUCGGCUUCAUCUUGGACAAUGUCCAGUCCUUGCUGGUCCUCAACAAAACCAACUUCACGUAUUACCCGAAUCCAGUCUUCGAGGCUUUCAUCCCUCCCGGGGUCUUGGAACUGAAGCCAGGGACACCGGUCAUCAUAAAGGGGAAGAACUUGAUCCCGCCGGUCACGGGAGGGAACGCCAAGCUGAAUUACACGGUGCUGGUGGGCGAGAAGCCGUGUGCCGUCACGGUGUCAGAUGCGCAGCUGCUGUGCGAGUCCCCGAAUCUUAUAGGACGGCACAAAGUGACAGCUCGCGUCGGAGGGAUGGAGUUUUCCCCUGGGAUGGUGUACAUCUCCCCCGACAGCCCGCUUAGUCUGACCGCCAUUGUGAGCAUCGCCGUGGCCGGAGGGCUGCUGAUCAUCUUCAUCGUGGCCGUGCUGAUCGCCUACAAGCGCAAGUCCCGAGAGAGCGACCUCACGCUCAAGCGGCUCCAGAUGCAGAUGGACAACCUGGAGUCUCGGGUGGCCUUGGAGUGCAAGGAAGCUUUUGCAGAACUGCAGACCGAUAUUCAUGAGCUGACGAGUGACUUAGAUGGAGCCGGCAUCCCCUUCCUCGAUUACCGGACUUAUACUAUGCGGGUUCUUUUCCCUGGCAUUGAAGAUCAUCCAGUGCUGAGAGAUCUGGAGGUCCCUGGGUAUCGGCAGGAGCGUGUCGAGAAAGGCCUGAAGCUGUUUGCCCAGCUCAUCAAUAACAAGGUCUUCCUCCUGUCCUUCAUCCGCACCCUGGAGUCGCAGCGCAGCUUCUCCAUGCGGGACCGGGGCAACGUGGCCUCCUUGAUCAUGACCGUGCUGCAGAGCAAGUUGGAGUACGCCACCGACGUCCUCAAGCAGCUGCUGGCCGACCUCAUCGACAAGAACUUGGAGAGCAAGAACCACCCCAAGCUGCUGCUCAGAAGGACGGAAUCGGUUGCUGAAAAGAUGCUGACUAAUUGGUUUACCUUCCUGCUCUACAAAUUCCUCAAGGAAUGCGCCGGUGAGCCCCUCUUCUCCCUGUUCUGCGCCAUCAAGCAGCAAAUGGAAAAAGGCCCCAUCGACUCCAUCACUGGGGAAGCGCGGUACUCCUUGAGCGAGGACAAGCUCAUUCGGCAGCAGAUAGACUACAAGACCCUGGUUCUGAGCUGCGUGAACCCCGACAACGUGAACAGCCCCGAGAUCCCCGUGAAGAUCCUGAACUGUGACACCAUCACACAGGUCAAGGAGAAGAUCCUUGACGCCAUCUUCAAGAAUGUCCCAUGCUCCCAUCGGCCCAAAGCUGCCGACAUGGAUCUAGAAUGGCGGCAGGCGAGUGGGGCGCGAUUGAUCCUUCAAGACGAGGACCUCACAACCAAGAUUGAAAACGACUGGAAGAGGCUCAACACCCUCGUCCACUAUCAGGUGCCAGAUGGGUCCGUGGUAGCCCUGGUCUCCAAGCAAGUUACGGCCUACAACGCCGUCAACAAUUCGACUGUUUCCAGGACCUCAGCUAGCAAGUAUGAAAACAUGAUCCGUUACACGGGCAGCCCGGACAGCUUGCGCUCCCGGACGCCCAUGAUUACCCCCGAUCUGGAGAGCGGGGUCAAGAUGUGGCAUCUGGUCAAGAACCACGAACACGGAGAUCAGAAGGAAGGCGACCGAGGGAGCAAGAUGGUGUCGGAGAUCUAUCUGACUAGGCUGCUGGCCACCAAGGGCACUUUACAGAAGUUUGUCGACGACCUCUUUGAGACAAUCUUCAGCACCGCCCAUCGGGGCAGCGCCCUCCCGCUGGCCAUCAAGUACAUGUUCGACUUCUUGGACGAGCAGGCCGACAAGCACAACAUCCACGACCCGCACGUCCGGCACACCUGGAAGAGCAACUGCUUGCCGUUGAGGUUUUGGGUGAACAUGAUCAAGAACCCCCAGUUUGUCUUCGACAUCCACAAGAACAGCAUCACGGACGCCUGCCUGUCGGUGGUAGCCCAAACGUUCAUGGACUCCUGCUCGACAUCCGAGCACCGCCUGGGCAAAGAUUCCCCGUCUAAUAAGCUCCUCUACGCCAAGGACAUCCCCAGCUACAAGAACUGGGUGGAAAGGUACUACUCAGAUAUCGGCAAGAUGCCGGCUAUCAGCGACCAGGACAUGAACGCCUACCUGGCUGAGCAAUCUCGCAUGCACAUGAAUGAAUUCAACACCAUGAGCGCACUCUCCGAGAUCUACUCUUACGUGGGCAAAUACAGUGAAGAGAUCCUCGGGGCCCUCGAUCAAGACGACCAGGCUGGCAAGCAGAAACUAGCCUACAAACUUGAACAAGUUAUAACCCUCAUGAGCAUAGACAGCUGAGAACUGCCCUACCAGGGGACUCCCUGGGAGGGAUUGAAAGAAAGAAAAAAAAACCAAGCCGUGCCUCAGUCUAGAACAUCCUCUUUACCAAGUGCAAGUUUCUGAUUGGCUGUCGAGCUGAGUCACCUGAACCGUUGCCGACUUCUCUCGGGCUCGCUCGCCAAACCUGUGGACACCCACAAGCAACAAGGCCUGAAGGAUGCGAGGGAUGUCUCCCGUGGAGGAAUCCCACACUAUGGAGGGGGAGCUCCCUCGUCCACCAAUUUUCCUCUUGCCUUCUUCCUGACAUAUCAUCGCACCGUCCGUUAACCGGCAGAGGGAACCGUUUUCGGUUCGCCUCCGUCAUGCUGCUUUAAUGGCUCCUCUUGGGCUCGGAGCCCCUGGAGCAGAAACAAACUCAGUGUUAUUUUGGAAGCUGCACCAAGGGUGGGACUUGCUCUCGGGCCUCCCGGAAUCCCGCCGGAGUGGGAAUGAACUUGUCUCUUUUCUCCCGUCCAGUUGUGCUACCCUUAUCCGCUAGGGGAGGAUCCGGUGUCUUGCCCCCCCAGGACUGUCGCCGCAAAAGGGGCCUUCUUAUCCUGUGAACUAACCGUGUUGUCAGCUACUCUCCUGGGAUUGGGUGGAGGAGGACAAGAGGCUGUCCUUUCCCUUUCUCCACCCCCUUCCAGUUUUCAUAGGGUUUUUUUUUGUUAGCGAAUCAGCAUUGUUUUCAGUCUGUCCCUGUUGACCGUGUAAUGAAAAGACAGCUGCCUUUUUCAUCGGCAGCCUGCCCUGUUUCCUUCCCAUCCUCUCCAGGGCAACGGUUUCUCAUCAAAGCUCACCCCUAGGAGGUAGGGUUGCCAGCUCCUCAUUGGUUAAUUCCUGGAGCUUUGGGUGGGGCAGAGCAUGGAGGAAGCAGGGUUUGAAAAGGAGAGGGACCUCAGUAAAGCAUAACGCCAUGGACGCCACCCUCCAAAGCAGCCGUUUCCUCUAAGGGAGAUUCGUCAUCUGGAGGUCAGUUGUAAUUCUGGGAUGUCUCCAGACCCUACCUGGGGGGUUGGCAACCCUGUGAGAUCAAGCGCUCUCGAACUAUAUUACAGCCACCAGCAGCCUCUUUCUAUUCUCUUUUCUAAGACACCCAAACUGCCUCCUGCAAGUUCUUCGGUCAAACCAGCAUCAACUACAGAGCACAAAAGUCAAGGAGGGUUUCCAGUCUAUUCACAGUCAGGGUGAAGCCGGAAUCAGCAUCAUGGAGGUUAGGAGCAUUCCGCAUUGUCCCUUCCUCGGUUGUAACAAGUCAACCAAACGCAUGUUAGAAUACGGUCAGAAGGGAAAGGGAGAUGUAUGGCAUGUUACGACUGGCACCGGAUGGCUCGUGCUGCCCUCCCCCCCACCCAAUGAAAUGGCCAUUGGGAUUGAAAUCGUUUGCCUCGACUUUCACGGGAAAGUGAAUCCUACCCCCCCCCUCUGAUGUCAGAGUCCCAUUCAACUUUGGGCUGAUCUCCCCCCACCAAGUGGGGAACAAAAACUAAAUUGUGCUACAGGGUUUCUUUUAACGCUCUAUCAAAAAUUUGGUGCCCCUGAAUUAUCGCAGACAGUUAAAGGGCUGCAACCCCUCAACACAAAGUUAAGGGUUCAUAUGAUCACCAGAAUCAUAACAUCUGGCAAAUAUGUGUUGCUUCGGAGUGUUCAAAGUGCCGCAUAUAUUUUAUCUCGGUCCUUCUUCUAUAACUCUGCGGGUUUUGCAAAAUCGAGUUUCCUCCCACUGUUGGGCAAAUAGGGAGCCGACAGUUCAUGCAGCAUAGGAUUAAAACCCAGAAUCUCCUGUUUCACACUUCAAACCCUUGAACCUCUGUGGUACCCCAGAUCUGAAAAGACACCUGUUUUUUUAACUCUGUGUGUCAAGACUGACUUUUGGUGUAGAUUCUGAGCCUUCCCGUCUCUGCCGUUGUUGCUGUGGAUAGCAAAACACGAAUCUUGAGUUUUGUAGAUGGAAAUCCAUACCUCUGUCCGACGAGUGUGGAGUUUGCUGGUGCUUUUGAACGCAGAAUGAGAUUCCAGUUCCAGACGGGGUACGAGGUUCCACAGGUGGCCAGCCUGAGCGCCAACUCAGGUUCGUGGUUUUUGGUUGUCACCCAAAAGCCAUCAACUACAACGGUCUUGUCGUCUUUCCCGAGCUGGACAUUUUGCCUGCAAGCUCCAUGCGAACAGCAGGUCCGAUUGUCCCGCAAACAAUCGAAAAGGGCUCCAGCGAUCCACUCCCAUCAAGCUACCGUACGAGGUUGGGAGGGAAGGGGAGGCGCUGCGGCUCAGUUGUAGAGCCCUGGCUUUGCAUGCAAGAGGUCAUCGGUUCGAUCCCCGCCAUCUCCGGUUAAAAAGAACGAGACGGUAGAUGAUAGGAAAAAUCUAUCCCUGAGACCCGCCUAGAAAGCCACCGCCAGUUUAAGUGGACCUCAGUGGACCAAAGGUUUGAUUCUGUAUGAGGCACCUAUCUCUGAGUGUUCCAUUCAGAGGAAGGGCUGUGGCUCAGUGGUCGAGCAUCUGCCUGGCAAUUAGAAGGUCCCGGGUUCAAUUCCAAAGACCUCCAGUUGAGAAUUUGGUGGUAGAUGAUAGGGAAGCCUUCUGCUUAAGACCCCGAUGAGCGGCUGCUGGUCUGAGUAGACCAGGGGUCUGCAACCUGCGGCUCUCCAGA